AUGUCGAUAUCAAAGUUUUCCAUUACCACCAUAUCAAUUAUUGCUAUUGUACUUCGCUUGACAUUGUUAGUGUAUGGUGAAUGGCAGGACGCGAAUAUGCAAGUGAAAUAUACAGACAUAGAUUACAAGGUGUUUUCCGAUGCUGCUCGUUUUGUCACAUUAGGUGGAAGUCCAUAUAAACGCUCAACAUAUCGCUAUACGCCUCUUCUCGCUUUUCUGCUAACGCCUAAUAUAUAUAUACACAAAUCUUUUGGAAAGCUUGUGUUUAUGCUCGCAGAUAUAGUUGUGGGAGUUCUGAUACAUAAACUAUUAUGUUUACGUGGGUUAGACCAUCAAAAAGCCGCUAAGUAUUCAGCACUAUGGCUUUUAAAUCCUAUCGUAGCAAAUAUUUCGACACGUGGAAAUGCAGAAUCUUUACUUGGAGCAAUAAUUCUAUUGACUUUAUAUUGUAUUUUUGUGAAAAAAUUCUUCUUAGCCAGCAUUCUAUACGGACUUUCGGUUCACUUUAAGAUAUAUCCUAUCAUAUAUGCUCUCCCACUAUUGGUUUUUCUAGAUGAUGAAGAUUAUCUGGGGUUAAGAAGAAAAGGCAAAGAAAAAGAGCAUGAUAAACAUUCAUGGAGAUAUUGGGUUGGAAAGAUGUCAAGAUUUGUUACACCGACACGAAUCGAGUUUGCAUUGAUAAGUGGUAGUGUAUUCUUUGUCUUGAAUGGGAUUAUGUAUUUUUUGUAA